AUGGCCAUAGUGUCAUCGUCGUGGAGCGGUCAUAACGUUCUGUACGUUGGAGUCGUCACAAGAAAGGCCAUCAAUAUCGGCGUCCAGGCGUGGAUGGAAUGCAAGGAUACCUUCGACUUCCCCCAGCGCAUGAGCGUAUCAACAAGUGGGUCGAUGCAGUUCACUGAUAUUAACCGACUCGAUGUACUCAACCCUGGGGAGGGACCUGGACUCCUCGAGAAGUACGAGGACAUCACCCUCCCCGGUUUCGACAACUUCCCUGAGCUGGGAUCCGCCCUGGAGUACCUCGUCAUGUUAUUCGAUGACUGUGUCGAGAAAUGCGACAUCGCUGCUGUCCCCAAGAUAUGGGACUCUACCGCGAUGACCCUUGAUGACACCAUGGAUGUGCCCGUAUUCUUUGUGACGCAGGCCUACGUAAACACCAAGUGUGUCCUUACUGCCUUCGAACCCGCGGGCGAGAACCUGCCCCCCCAGAAGACGGACAGACGGAGCAAGAGGUCUUUGAAGUUCAGAUUCAUACCGUCAUCACCGUCUUCCCCGGGAUCCUUCGCUACUUGUCGCGAGAGACUAGUGCCGCCUACUCGAACAAGUCGCCCGUCCCUGGGUCCGCUAACUACAGUUCCCAACGCAUGA